AAUUUCGAUUUAUGAAUACCUUGUCGUACUGUAGAUGUAAUUCAUUCCAGGGAGUCAUGAAAACAUUUGCAUUUUCCUAAACACUGCAGCGGAUCCUACACUGGAACGAGUUCUUACGCCUCGCCUUGCUCUGACUACAGCAGAAUUCUUGGCUUACCAAUGUGGGCGCCAUGUGGUUGUUGUCAUGACGGACAUGACAGCCUACGCCGAGGCUGUGAGAGAGGUCUAUAGUGCAUUUUCAUGUCAAAAAAGCUGCGGACUAGGCAAAUUCCAGAUCGCAGCAGCUCGUGGAGAUGUUCCAGGACGUAGAGGCUUUCCUGCUUACAUGUACACUGAUUUGUCGAGUAUAUUUGAGAGAGCUGGUAGGAUGAAAGGCAGACGUGGAACAAUCACUCAGCUACCAAUUCUGACAAUGCCAAAUGACGGUAAGUGCACGUCACUUACAAGUGCCCUCUUUUGCGGCAUGGUUAAGAUUUUCCCACCCUCUUCUUGA